AUGUCGGGGCAGAGAAGGUCAAGGGCAUCAAAGUUCUCUCAGAAUGAGAUUAGUGACCUUGUUUCUAGGUUACAAGGACUUCUUCCACAACUCAACCAAAGACCCAACUCAAGGCAAUCAGCGUCCAAGAUAUUGCAAGAAACCUGCUGUCACAUUAGGAGAUUACAGGAAGAAGUGGAACAACUCAGUGAGAGACUAUCAGAACUCAUGGAUUCUUUGGAUAUCAAUGAAAUUGAUAGACAAAUUUUACAAAACUUGUUUUCCCUCAACACCCCCAAGCAAACCCCAGAAGUGGCACAAGGGAACAUACUCAUGGUAGGCAAGAAAAUGUCAAGUGCUUCAAAGUUUACUAUAAGAAUGAGAUCAACCAUCUUCCUUCCAAAUUACAAGUUCUGCUUCCACCACUGA